AUGGCAGCAUCCUUCGAAGAGUUGAGCAACCUGACGAACGAGGAGCUGUGCUCGGCGCUGAAGGAGGCGGGAAUCACGCACGGGGCUGUCGGGGAGACUACGCGCAAAAUCUACAUCAACCGGCUGAUGAAGCACUUGGGUCAGGAUGUCUCGAUGAUGGUCGACUCGAACACGCCGGUCGCGUCGCGUAGAUCUGAUACGUCACCGAAGCAAUUGACGCCGACUCGCGAACGAGGCAGCCCGACGAUCAGCUCUACGCGAUUGUAUCCUGAUCUCUCGCCCUCGUUGAAACACCGCUCGGGCACGGCCAGGUCGCCUUCAGAGGAGGAGAACGAUCUGGAAAGCGAUCAAGAAAUGCACGGCGAAGAGAGCUUCCGCGUCAUUCGUACCACCGACUCGCGAGCCGCACAGGCGGGCGGCUUCUCGUUCGGCCGGCUCUUCUUCUGGAUCAUCCUGCUGAGCAUCAUCGCCGUGUUCGUUUACUACUUUGCCAUGAACGUGGAGAAGCUCAACGCCGCCCGCAGCAACCAGGACGAAAUC